UACCGGGUGCGCCAUCUUUUAUGUCGGUAUUGAAACAUCGAAUGACUUUGAUAUUUACCAACCGAGUGAUUUGGUUAUACGUGUUUCUGAAACAUCAAUUUACUACAAUUUUAGUCAUUGAAAAUCGUCGUUCAGUUGUGUUAACGCAACGUGCAUAUCGUGGCAAACAGGCACCGUCUGACAACACUAUCCGUCGAUUGGUUUCGAAUUUUCUUGACUACGGGACAGUGGGAGAUCGUCAAUAUACCGUUCAUCAACGACCAUGAAUUGGUUGAAGCGAUCAGAGACACCGUUGCCCAGAACCCAAAA